AUGGAUCACGAUCAAGAUGUUUUCUUCACCAAACAAUUUGAGAAUUGGGCGGAUUUCGAAACAGAAUUUAAAAGUUGGUGCAAUGAUUACUAUCAACCAGUAAACAUUAAACGUCACUCAAUUAAAUAUAAUGAAAAAAUAAUGAAAGACUUGUUUGAUCGUUUUCGGUAUUCAAAUGUCAAAUAUGUAUGCCAUCAUAGCGGUCCUGUUAAAAGAAAUACAAAGGAUGGAUCACGACCGAAUCAAGAAUCUGGUCGGAUUGAUUGUCAAUUCUAUUUUAGAAUAAAACAUGAUACGGAACUAAAUAAAAUUGUUUUUAUGAAGAAAAAAAUUUUAAAUCAUAACCAUCCGAUAGGAAAAUUAAUUUACAAGAACUAUACCUUUAUAAGAAACAAAGAAUUAAAAGAAAAUGAGGAAGCAUAUGAUUUAUGUAAAAUGCUUAUUACUGCUAAUACGUCUACAUAUAAUAAUCGUAAGUUAAUAAAUGAAAAAUUUAAUAUUAAUUUAACACGAAAAGAUAUAAAUAAUAUUAAAAAAAAGAUAAACUUUAACUUAUUUGGAAAUCAAAGUGAUCCGGAAUGGUUACAUACAUGGAUCGAUAAUAUUUUAAGUGAAGAUUCAAAUAAUUCAAUAAAAAUAAAAACUAAUGAAAAUGGUACUUUAGAAUGUUUAUAUAUUCAGACCAUGCAAAUGAAAGCAUGGUUUAAUAAAUAUUCGAAUAUUUUACACUUAGAUUCAACAUUCAAAGUGAACAUAGAAAACUAUCAACUAUACAUUUGCUUAGUUCAAAACGCGAGUCUAAAAGGAGUACCGGUUGCUUAUUGCUUAAUGACAACCGGAAAUAAAGAUAAUCUCCAGUUUUUUUAUUCAUCCAUUAGUGAAGAUAAUGAUUUAACACAAACGGAAGUUAUUAUGAUUGACAAAGAUUUAACUAAUCUAGAUGUUUUAAAAGAACAUUUUCCUACAGCUCGAAUAUUAUUAUGCAUUUUUCAUGUUCUAAAGUAUCUCAAAAUUCGAGUGCAUGAACUUAGAAUUUCAUUAACCAAUCGAAUGAACAUUAUGAAAAAUAUUCGCAAAUUGCUUUACGAUAAUAAUAAUAUGUCAGCGAUAUAUUUAAAAGAAAUCAAAAUUAAUUCAGAAGAAACAUAUUUUUACAAUUAUUUUGAAAUGAAUUGGCUUGCGUGUUCUGAAAUGUGGCAAACGAAGUUCCGUAAAAAUCUUUUUAGUUUUAAUACAGAUACGAACAAUCAUAUUGAACGAUUCAACCGAACACUUAAGGAUCGCAUAUCAUCUAAUUUGCAUAUAUCUGAAUGCGUGAAAAAAUUAAUUUUAGCAGCUGAAGAUGCUAAAGCGGAGGAAAUUCGUAUUAAUAUUAAUUUAAAACGACAGAUUUAUAAUUCUGAUGACUCGAUGUUCCUGAAGAGAUUUGGUAAUCAGAUUACAAACAAAGCUAUUGAAUUGUUACGUAAACAAAACGAAGAAUUAAAACAUAAAUCUUAUUCUGUUGAAGAGAUUGAAGAAAACAAGUGGAAAGUUGGUCAAAAAGAUGAAGAAAAGAAUACUUUUAUUACUUCAAGUAUAAUUAAUCGAAGUUCAUCCAUUGAUUUAUUAUGUUGUGACUGCCAGUUUGUUUUACAAAACCAAUUACCAUGUCGUCAUAUACUAGUAUUAUUUGAUAGACUUAACGAUGAGAUAUAUGAGGAUGAAACUGAAAUUCAAGAAAUUAUAUCGAUUAACAAACGUUGGUUAAAAAAUCCAGUUGAUUCUUAUUUACAUGAAACGGUAGAACCCGAUUUUUUACGAAGUCGCGGUUCACAACUGAUGAUAACCCAAAUUAUUGCUGGAAAACAUAAAAUUUUAAGUAGUAAUGAUAAAUACAACAUGGUAAGGCCAUGUUUAGAUUUAUUAACUGCUCGUAUUAUUCAAUGUGGAACUAGGGAAUUCAAUGAGCAUUUAAAUUUCCUUAAUGUUGUUUUAGAUUUAGUUAAUACAAAUAAACAUAAUGAUUUGUAUAAUUAUGCAAAUUCUCUAACAUACAACUGUUCUCAGCAACCAAGUCGUGAAAUAAAACAAGAAUUAUUUGUAGAUUUACUUAAUGAUAUACAAUAUGAAUCAACAGCAGAAAAUGUUAAAUUGGAUUUAAAAAAAGAAGUUGAAGAAGAAUCUCAUAUGGAAUUUCUUCACCAAGAAAAAUUGCGAAAAGAUUAUGAAAUAUUUUGUUUAGAAGAACACGAAAAAGAACCAGUUAUAAAAGAACACGAAUUAGAACCACAAUUACAAUCUGAAACAAACAAAGCACCUAGCUGUGUUUUAUCGAAAUAA